CGUUUGUCGCGUCGUUUGUCGCGGCGCGGCGCGCGACGGGCAGCAGCUUCACGCCGGCGAGUUCGAGCAGCCGGACGACGCUCGCGCACCCGCGGCUCGCGAGCUCCGCCGCGCUCGACGAGGCGCGCCGCGUCUACGGCUACAACGAACAGAGCAUCGCGGUCGCGAGCACGCGCGAGAUUCUGCUCGAGCAGUUCACGCAGCCGCUUUUCCUCUUCCAGCUGA